AUCCACCUUCCACUCCAACACAUCCAUUCAAUCUCCAACACAUCCUACAGCACAAUGAAGUUCUCCAACGUCCUCUUCUUUGCCACUGCCGCUUUGGCAGCUCCUACUAUUCAGGCGCUGGACAAGAGACAGACCACUGUCCUAGGAACGGUCCAGAGCAUUGCCAACACCAUCACCAACAGCACCUCGGGCAAUGUCGCCAACAUCAAAACCAUUAUUGUGUCUAUCCAGAACAAUGUCGCUGCUGAUGUUCUCGUACAACUUCAGCUUCAGCUCGAGGCCAACCUUCAGGCGAUUGUCACUGUUCUCAGCGCUGCUGCCGUUAACAUUACGGACGCUACCAAUGCCGCCGCGAUUGAAAUUGGCGGCGAUGUCGACAAUUUGACUACCGCACAGAUUUUGCAGAUCAAGGCCGCCAUCGAGAGUGCUGUUGCUGCUGUUAAUAAUGUCACUGCGACCGUCACUGCCUCCGUCAGCGUCCUUACUCCCGGGGGCAAGAAGCUGAUCGCGGACGAACUCAAGGCUAUCAGGGAUGCGGUCAAUGGCAUUCUUACUCCUCUCGCCCAAUUUCUCCAGGCCUCCUCACCAGUACGGCGAGCAUUCUGGCGUCUCUCGGCCUGGCCAUUCUCGGCAUUUCCACCUAGGACUAUACGACUUACUCAGCAUGAAGAGAAGGGGAUGGGGAGGUGGAGAUUCAGUUUGGACCGGCAGGAUUGGAUAUCAUUCAUUAAAUAAUAUAGUUAACCCAGUUUAGUGGGCUGAUCACCC